AUGGAGAUCUACGGCACUGACGACCUCUUCCACUUCCAGAGGAGAAGCACCUCGUCCAAACCGUCCUGUGGUCCGUCCAACGCAGCAGGACGUCACCGUUCAGACAUAGAGAACGGGGCUGAAGACCGGCACAGGUACCCCAGGACCGACAGCGAACCCCUGCAGACCGCCGACCCGGAUCAGCCGACAGGACGCAGGAAACCGGCGUUAGUCAGGUCUAAGACCUUUGACCACUCUCUGCUCAGUCAGGUCCAAACCGACUCCGACGCCAAGAUCCAGAGGAAGAAAUCCCACUACAGCCAGCUGUCCAAGAGUAACUCCCAGUACCAUAAAAUAUUUAAGGAGAUCAGCAAAGAGGAGCAGCUCCGACAGAGUUACACAUGUGCUCUGCAGAAGGACAUCCUCUACCAGGGACGCAUGUUCGUGUCCGACCACUGGAUCUGCUUCCACUCCAAGGUGUUCGGCAAAGACACCAAGAUCGCCAUCCCCGUGGUGUCCGUCACAAACAUCAAGAAAACCAAAACUGCCCUGUUGGUGCCAAACGCCCUGGUGGUCGCCACCGGCAACGACCGGUAUGUGUUUGUGUCCUUUCUGUCCAGAGACAACACCUACAAGUUCCUGAUGUCCGUCUGUCUUCAUCUGGAGGAGAAGAGUCCAUGCAGCAGCCCUGUCCCCUCAUCAGCUGACAACAGCUUCAGAGGUCAAAGGUCACCUCAGCCACACAGGUUCCCUCUGACUUUUCCAGCUGAUUUCACUGAUCUGGACGGAACUGUGAGACAAAGAAGAGAGGAUCUGGAGGAGAGCAGCAGCUCCGACUGCCAGAGCCCAGACUACGACAAGAUAGGAGAGUUUGCCGUUCCUCCUUUCCUGGAUGUGUUGAAGCACACAGAGGGUCCAUCUCCUCCUGAACAGCACAAAAGGAAAAACCAGACCCAGACCCAGCAGAACUCUCAGACCCAGGACCCACACCACACCAGUAUGACCAGUUCAGAGGUGGUGUUGGACAGCAGAACUCUGAAACCAGUGUCCAUAAACGGUCUGCUCUUCAUCUACCUGUUCCUAGUUUGCGUCCUGCUGUUGUCGUCCUGUUAUCUCGCCUUUAAAAUCAUCUCGUUGGAACAAAGGCUGACGACGCUCGGAUCCGACUUCAGCGACCACGAGAGCGACCUUCUGCGAGGAGGCGUGGACGUCAACGCAGACCUUUUCUCUGAACUCAUCAGCAUCAACCUGCUGAAGCUGGAGAAGGUGCAGAAGAACCUUCAGAGGCUCCUGGACGAAGCUGUUUGAACAGACCUCAGAUCAGCAUUU